AUGAAUCCAGACAUCAUCCGAAAAUUGAGUUUGCAUCUCUAUUUUCUCAGUGAUGUGGAUGCAAAUCAACGAGCGGAAAUCGGAAACAGUCUUCUCCAGUCCAAUGCUAUUGCAGGAUGGGGAAAUGCAAGAAACUAUUGGCCGCGAGUAGAUGUGUAUGCACCCUUGGGCAGUAUUGAAGCAUGCAUUGAGCACCAUCGACGUGAAAAGAUAUAUCGGCACCAGGCUGUCGAAGCGAUGCGCGCCGGUGUCGCUGCCGAGGCUAGAGAUGCGUGUGGACCCGAGAUGGACGAUGAUGAUCGUGAAGAGGCGGCACAGGAAGCACUAGGGGCAUUACGAGGCCUGGAAGUAUACCCGCAUAUUGUUCCCACAUGGUGUUGCUCUUCGAAAAUAGGGUUUGAUGGCCUACGGCAGUUUGAUAAGCGAUAUCAAAGUUGGAUCUUAGUGAUACCCGCGGAUUGUUACUCGUGGGAUGAUGUCCUGCAAAAGGGGAUCAUCCAUGUCAUGUUUGAUCAGGAUGUGUCACCUGCUAUGGAAACAUACAUGGAUGAUACUUGUGAAGAGGAAGAGUUAUCCCUUAUUGAAAAUGAUCGUACUGGUUGGAUAUAUAUUGAAAAAGUUGAUCAUGGCCCGCCGGUCCGAAUCGAACGCCUUUCUGUGGACAAUGAUGCGAAUGAAUUAGCGCUUCGUACCUACAACAUGGAUCCACAGAGCCCUGACGAAAUUAGAAGUCACUUGUUUCAUACAUGGUCGGAUUGGACGGGCGCGUUAUGGGAUUGUACUUAUCGCUUACCCGUCUGCGAUCCAUGCGACAAUGAGGAACCGCAUUUAAACUGCGAGUAUGAACUGAAUGACCAUUAUUUCAAUCAAGACGGGCAAUGUAUAGCCUGUGAGCGGUCCGAACAAUAUAGACGCCGCAGCAAACGGAUAUCAAAAAAACGAAAACGGGAUGAGAUUGCAAACAAUAAAUAG